AUGAAGGAAAAAAGUUCGAGGUUGAAGCAGCUGAUAUCAAUGGUGAGUUGUAUGACCAGAGCCAAAUGCAUAGCCGUCAGAAGCAAAACCGACGCCAUGACAGAGCGCCUCAUGCUCACAUCGCUCACGCUUCUCUCCAAGAAGAAGAGCUUCUCCAUCGCCGCCAAGAUCAACCACAUUUUCCACCACCACGAAUCUGGCGACGAAAUCGACGACGAUGAUCCAAGCAAGGCGAUCGUCCUCUACAGCAGCGACUCCGCGGCCAGCUGCUGCAAAGACAUCAGCGGCGGAUGUGAAACUAUACGAGAAUUCUACGGCGGCGACGACGACGACGAUGAUGAUAAAUAUCCAGAUCUGAGGCACUCGUUGUUCGAGGAGGAGGAGGAGAAGGAGCUGGCGGAGCUGCUGGAUGAUCCGAAUUCGUCGAUAUCGGCCAUAGAUAUGGUGAAGAAUUCCAAGGAGAGCGGCGAGAGUUUCAAUCUGGAAGAUGAUAUCAAUCAAGUGGCGGAUUUGUUCAUCACCAAAUUCCACAAGCGGAUGCGCUUGCAGAAGCUGCUCUCAUUCAAGCGCUAUCAGCAAAUGCUCGACACCACUCAUUCUACGUGA